AUGCUCGGUCUACGAGGGCCUCUCGCCCUCUUGAUCCCUGCUGUUCUCCUGGGCCUGCUCUUCCUGCCCGGGCAGGGUCCUGAACCCGCAGCGAAUCCCCCCCCGGUGCACAUCGAUCUUCGCAGGGAGAAAGAGGCGAUCCAGUCCCUUUCCGAUGCGAUCCGCUGCCCCACGGUGGGGAGCGAGACCGCCUCCAACCACAUUUCCAAUCCCGGACCCUUCCAGCGGUUGCACGAGACUCUCGAGACCCACUACCCCGCCCUGUGGCGCACGCUGACGGUGGAGAAGGUCAGCACCUACUCCCUGCUCUUCACCUGGCCCGGGUCCGACCCUUCCCUUCGCCCCGUCAUGCUGUACAGCCAUCAGGACGUCGUCCCCGCCCCCCCCACCAACUGGACCCACCCCCCCUUCUCCGGCGCGGUCGAGGGCGGCUUCGUCUGGGGCCGCGGCACCCUGGACACCAAGGGGUCCCUGGUCGCGAUCCUGGAGGCGCUGGAGCAGCUGCGUGGGAGCGGCUGGCGCCCGCUGCGCACCGUGCUGUUCGUGGCAGGGCACGACGAGGAGGUGGGCGGCGGCGAGGGCGCCGGCCGCGUGGCGGCGCUGCUGGCCGCGCGCCAUGGCGCCCUGGAGCUGCUGCUGGACGAGGGCGGAUUCGUGCUGGGGGACGGGCUGGGCGCGGGCGCCGGCGCCCUGCUGCCGCCGCUGCGCGUCGCGGUGCUGGGCCUGGCGGAGAAGGGCACCGCCACCUGGGACCUGGGGGUGGAGGGCCGGGGCGGGCACAGCAGCCUGGCGCCGCCCGCGGGGACGACCACCACGGCCCUCACCGCGCGCCUGGUGGCCGCGUUGGACGCGCAGCGGCUGCCCAGCCGGCUGCAGUCGCCCACGCUGGACUUCUUGAAGGCCCUGGCCCCCUACGCCAAGGCCCGGCCGCUGGGCCUGCUGCUCAGCCACGCCGGCCACCCGGUCCUGUCGCCCCUGCUGGCCCGCCUGAUGUCCGGGAGCACGGUGCUGAACUCCAUGGUACAGACCGUGAGGGGCGUGGUGGGUGUUGUGACCGGGGGCCUGGCGCACAACGUGCUCCCCACCCACGGCAACGUCACCGUCAACUUCCGCACCCUGCAAGGGGACGGCGAGGCGGAGGUCGCCGCCUACCUGGACCAGGUGUCCCGCCCCCUGGGCAAGCACGUGACCAGGACGCAGCGUCCCGGCACACGGGCGCCCUCCCAGGUGACCCCGGCGCACGGCCCCCGCUUCGACCUGGUGCGGCGCGCGGUGCUGGAGACGCUGGCGGCCCCGCGCGGCGCUGGGGACGCGGAGGCGGAGGCGUCGCCCCCGCUGCCGCUCAUUGUGGUGCCAUAUCUCGUGUCCGGUGCCACCGACAGCCGCCACUUCCAGGGGCUGGCGGCGGGGAGGACUUUCCGCUUCGAGCCCUUUGCGCUGGACAACUCGGACGUCCCCCGCAUCCACGGCGUGGAUGAGCGCAUAGCCAUUCCUACUUUCCUGGACGGCAUCCGCUUCUACACCCGCUUCAUCCAGCUGUCGGCGGGGGAGGAGGGCCGUGCAAUGUGA